UCCUCUAGUCGCCGCCGCCGCUAGCAUAGUUAGCAGUUAGCUUCCAACAGCUGUCGGUGGAACUCAGUCAGCAAGCCUAUCAGUCUAAGUGAUUGUGCUCCCUUUAGACGACCGCUGUGUUAUCUUCAGGAGCCAGUUGUUUUUCUUUCCUAAGGGUUUUCUGUGGCAUUAUAUUGUUGUCCUCGCCGUCACGAUAGACAGAAGUCCUGGGACAUGGCCAGACAAGAACAAGUCCUGGUGCUAGAGCCGCCACAGGAACUCAAAUUCAGAGGUCCAUUUACAGAUGUUGUCACUGCCACGCUGAAGCUCACUAAUCCCACAGACAGGAAUGUCUGUUUCAAAGUUAAGACAACUGCACCUCGCAGAUACUGUGUGCGUCCGAACAGCGGCAUCAUCGACGCUGGAACCUCCAUAAAUGUUUCUGUCAUGCUGCAGCCGUUUGAGUACGACCCCAACGAGAAGAGUAAGCAUAAAUUCAUGGUGCAGUCUAUUCUGGCUCCCAGAGACAUGACCGACAUGGAAGGAGUUUGGAAGGAGGCCAAACCUGAGGAGCUGAUGGACUCAAAGUUAAGAUGUGCAUUUGAGAUGCCUCUAGAAAAUGACAAAACUCAUGAGAGUGAAAGCAUCAAACCUGUGUCUUCCUCUACCUCUGUUAAGACUGAGUACUCUGCACUGCCCAAGUCAGCCAGCGCCUCCCUGGAUGACGGGGAGGUGAAGAAGAUCAUGGAGGAGUGCAGGCAGCUGCAGAUGGAGGUGCAGAGGCUACGAGAAGAAAACAAACAGAUCCGGGAGGACGACGGUGUGCGGAAGAGAAAGAUCACACCGAUGGCUGCUUCUCACCCUAACCCCCUGGCUAGCACGGCCAUGACGAAGGAUGAAGGCUUGAGCACCCGCGUCCUCGCAUUGUGCUUGCUCUUCUUUGUGAUUGGAGCCAUCAUUGGCAAGCUGGUCCUUUAGAGACACAGACUGAGCACAGUGACGGACGGACGCAGGAACCAAGGGACGGACAGCGUGUCUUAAAGGGCACGUACCAAUGAUGGCAACGGGGAUGUCUUCUGGGUUUAUGUUGAUCUGUUUGCUUGUUUUCUUAACAUUUAAAGCUACUAGCCAGGGGUUUUCUUCCUUCAACAACUGUGCAAUCAUGAUAAAAACACAGCUGAGGAAAAACAACAAAAAAAAAGUAUAAUUUUCCACUGCUGGACUUCACAAUGUUUUUCUUUUUUUUUUUUAAACGGUGCGACUGACGUAACCCCAGGCAAUAAGGGUUAGAGCCGCUGGCUUUAGUGAGCGCUGUGGUGAUCGGGCAACACUUAGCAGGCUUUAGGUGUAAAUUCAGACCCAUAGUAACUUUCUCCCUGAGGAAUACAAACAAGAUAAAACUAAAUUGAAGGUUAGGCUUUUGGAGACAGAGUUUCCAUGACUCCCAUGAUGGACGCUGCUGUCGAUGGCGAUCCAUCGAUCGUCUUUAGAGGUUAGUGGCGGUUAAUGCUGCUAAAUUGGUACGGAUCUAUUUAUAUUGUAGUUCACAUUUUUCCAAUCGAUUGGUUUCAGUGCAUGUCAGCCAUUCGUAAAAUGAGUCAAUGCCUCGACUAGUAUCAUGACAUGCUGUAGCAGAGCAUGCAGUGUCUGAAAACACAAGCCAACCCAACAUAGUUUACAAAUAUACUCGCAUAAGCUCUUAGCUGGCUGGAAUUUAAUUUUUAAUUUUUUUUUUCCUCUUCUUACCUCUGGUGUUUAUUGAAAUUAUGGUGUUAGGCUGUACUUUAACAAUCAUAAUGGGACUAACUAGUAGAACCAGGCUGAUUAUAAUCUGUCUUUCUGGUGAUUUAUUUCUAUGGUUUCUCACCAUGAUGUUUGCAUCCGAUUCAACAAAUAACUUUCUCCCAGCUUUUGAAGAAUCUAAAUAAAUUUGGUGGCUCCAG